AUGGCCCUUGUCUUGCCCGUGCAGAACUAUGCCCCGCGGAGAGUGGUUAUGAUCCAGAUGGAGCAGGAAAGACGGGGCGAGAUUUCAGAUCUGUGGAGAGGCCCUAGAGAGUUGCGACGUUGCGACGAAGAAAGGCGAGGCCGGCGAGGGGAUUCCAAGUUUUGCGUCGUUGGAAGAGGAGAAAAUCGCCGAAUUCUUGCUGGAAGAGGACCCCACCCAGAUCCAGAGAUGGACCCACUCUUCACUCGCCGGAACAGAAGCAGCCAGAAUCUCCGGUUUUGA